AAAAAAAAAAACAUGGAUUCACACAGUAGCAGCAAAAACGGUAAUCACUCGCGAAACGCUACAGACCUUCGAACAGGAACAGAAGAUGUCAAAAGGAUCGCCUUGAUUUUGUUCUACGCGGUAACACUCUUCCUUGGCGUAUUCGGCAACUGGUGUAUCAUCGCUAUCGUUAUAAAAGUCAAGCGCAUGCGGACAAUGGCAAAUGUCUUCAUACUAAACAUGGCAGUUUCAGAUCUUGUGGUGUCUGUGAUAGAUGUGCCGAGAAAGCUGCAGAUUGCCAUAACCAUGUCCUACGCUUACGAGGUGCCAAGUUUCGAUGUGGUCAAGGUCUUGUGUAAAAUACUGCCCUUUACUCGAGAGCUGAGCUAUUCGGUAUCUUCCCUCAGUGCUGUUAUGAUCGGUAUCGAUCGCUACUAUGCCGUCAUCUGUCCCAUGGAGCAAAAGCCGCGAGUUCUAUCCCCAAAAGUGACAAUUCCUGCUAUUUGGCUCAUUUCUGCGUUGGCCUACUCCACAAACCUUUACACCUACAAAGCGACGAAAAAAGAAGGCGCUUUCUAUUGCAGUUACAGAUGGCAUCCGUUGCCUGAAAAGGAAACAGAAGAGUUGUUCCUCUUGAUUACAUUUGUACUCUUCGUAGCUCUUCCCUUGGUGGCUCUUGUCUUUGUCUACGCUCUCAUUGCCGUCAAAAUGAUGAAUCGAAGCAUCCCUGGAGCGACCGGAGCAGCAGUGAAUUCCCACCGCGUCCGCGGGAAUAACAAAAUCAUUCGCCUCUCCAUCGCCAUCACAACCGCUUUCUUCAUAUGCUGGGUGCCUUAUUAUGUCCUCUUACUCACACUUACCUUUAACAUCCGCCUUGGAGACGAGUCAAUUGAGAUCUCUGCCUUGAUACUUGUACUGGCGGACGUCUUCGAGGCCCUGACGUACACCAGCAUCGUCACCAACCCAAUGAUUUGCUUGGCAUUCAGCACCAACUUUAGGCAGGCGCUUAAAGAGCUCAUGUUGUGCCAAGCACGCAACCUACAAGCAAACAACACGAACCGAACACGCAUACAACAGAGCAUGACCAUGGCAUACUCGUUCGAGACCAUUUCUAUGAGCGUCGAGUCUGUGAACAAGGACGUCCAUCCACGGAGGCGUGGUGUGUACAUCGUUACUCCUUAGGAUAAGCGACACUGUUUCAUAUUUAUCCAGUAACCUAGCUUGACUUCGAUACCUUCUCAGUUAUUUACCCGCUGACCUGAUUUGACAAAAGGCUUAUUCGGUAGACUUUUUUCAAUUAGAUCAGUACAUGCACUUUAUUAUACACGAAAUCCGUACUGGUCUGUGUGGAGGUUAGUUGGUGCGUAAGUUCUGAAGAUGGUAUAAUCAAGCAUUCACCAUGGGGUUUAUCAACGUAUUUUACUUUGCUUAGUCGGCGUCGAUUCUUUUGAAAAUUCUUUAAACUAGAAGCAGUGGAGAGAACAAAAAAUAAUAAAUUAUACCCGUGCUUCACUUAUUUACAAAGCAAACCCUUAUUAAGAAAUUCUGUUAAAAGAUCAUAGAAGGGAUUCCAAGCCGGUAGCGAUUACUAAACCAAUUCCCGUAUGGAUGUCGUUUUUAAAUAAAGUAAUCGUGAACUUUUCAGUGACGACAAGUGUCACGCUACGAGAUGUCCGGAUAAGGGUGUUUGUUGAGGAUCUCAUGAUAUUGUUGAGACUGUUAGUCAUCCUACCGUACAUUUACUUUAAGUUCCGUCACCCGUUUAUAUCAUAUAUGAUGAUCCGAACUACGUUUGAGGACUAUCUGAUCUCGGCCUUGUUUUCAAUACUCUGUGCAAAUAGAGCAUAGUGUUUAAAGAUACUCUGCGAAACGUAUAUGGUUUGUUUCUGAUCGAACGCGCGUCUCAGCACAUGAUCUAGACAAUGAUCACAUGAACACAUUGUGAGUCAGACAAGUAGCUGAAGAACCUUCAGUUCCCUCUCAAGCCCUUGAUAACGUCGUCUUCUCUGGUUUGCCAAGCUAUUUGCGC